AUGGGCGCGUGCGCGGGCGGCAGGCCCUGCCUCCGCCUCGCCAUUAGCGGUGCCGGCGGCUCGGCUCCGCCCGGGGCGGGGAGCGGGCGGCGGGAGGGCUCACCUGAGCGGCGGCGGCGGGGCCAGAGCCGGAGCCGGGUGCGGGGCCGAGCGAGGCGAGAGCAGGGGGCCUCCCUUUGUAUUUUCUCCUCGUCUUCGUUCUUUCGUCUCUCUGCGCUGCGUCCCGUUGAGCCGUCCCGGCGUGGCGGCGGCGGCCGGGCCAUGGUGCGGCGCGCCCGGCUGGCGCUGGUGGCGGCGGCGCUGGUGGCGCUGGGGGCGCCGGGCGGGCAGGGAGCCCGGGCGCUGGAGUGGUACACGGCGUGGGUGAGCACGAGCUACGUGGAGCCUGUAAGCAACCGCACGGUGCGGGGCAACACGGAGAGCGGCCGCUACGGGGACAGCUCGCCCAAGGAGGGCGCGCAGGGCCACGUGGGCAUCCCCCGAGGCGCCUCGCCCCGCCACAUGGAGGGCUGCGCCGCCGACACUGACUACGACGUGCCGCUGCCCGCCGGCGGCCGCCCGGCGCCCGACGGAGACCCGCCGCCGUGGAUCGCGCUGGUGGCCCGCGGCGGCUGCACGUUCAAGGACAAGAUCACCAACGCGGCCAGGAAGCGGGCGACGGCCGUGGUCAUCUACAACGAGGCCCGUUUCGGGAACAGCACCGUCUCCAUGUCCCACCUCGGAACAGGAAAUACAGUGGUGAUAAUGGUUGGUUAUCCGAAAGGAAUAGAGAUACUGGAGCCAGUACGAAGAGGCAUUCCAGUAAGAAUGACCAUUGGCGUUGGCACGCGUCACGUGCAGGAAUACAUCAGCGGUCAGUCGGUUGUGUUUGUUGCCAUUGCCUUCAUCACCAUGAUGAUUAUAUCGCUUGCUUGGCUGAUCUUUUACUAUAUCCAACGUUUCCUGUACACAGGAUCACAGUUUGGAAACCAGGGACAUAGGAAAGAAACCAAGAAAGCAAUCAGCCAGCUUCAACUGCAUACUGUGAAACGUGGAGACAAGGGUCUAGAUGUUGAUGUGGAAAACUGUGCUGUGUGCAUUGAGAACUACAAACUGAAAGAUACUGUCCGAAUUCUGCCAUGCAAACACAUCUUCCAUAGAACAUGCAUUGACCCUUGGCUUUUGGAUCACCGAACUUGUCCGAUGUGUAAACUGGAUGUUAUCAAAGCUUUGGGAUACUGGGGGGACCCUGAAGAUGCACUAGAAGUUCCAAUACCUGAAUCAAUAAGUGGCAGUGUGUCAGUUGGAAGUCUGAGUAUUGCUUUACAAGAAGAUGAGAGAAAUGAAGUAAGCGAACUGUCAGCUUCCUCCACCAGUGAAUCUGUAUUGCAGUGUACCAGUUUAAAAGAGGAUGCAGGUGAAACCACAGCGUUACUUGAUGUGGAUGUCAGUAAUAACCGGCAUGGAGAGCAUCUAUCUAAUGGAAAUUCCCACUGAGCUGCUUCAUGGAAGAUACCUUGGAUAGGUUGUCGAAGAACUAUUUUUUAUUUAAGUAGUAUGAACUUUUGUCUGGUUAAUGGAAAAAUAACAAUGUAAAUUAUUUUACCUUUCAAACUUUUCUAGCUGGUGUUCCAAAAGGGCUAAUAACUAAAAAUUUUGUACGCAAGAGGAUUUUAUAAAACUUCCUCUGGAUGUCUCAUCCUAUAAAAAGAUGCAAUAACCCUUUUUCUGUAAGCAUUAUUACAAUGUCAUUGUGUUUCAGAGGGCUGUAACAAGAUGAAGACAAGGCAGCGAGACAAUGUAGAAUGUCUAAUGGAUAAAUAUUUUGGAAGCACUACUCGUGUUCAGCAUGUAUAUAUGGAGAACACUUACAAGACUACCAUGAUUAAAAUGUUUUGAAAGUUCUGUUGUAAUUGGAGAUGGACAUUGUUAAAAAAGAAGACACAAUCUAGUCUUUGAAGGAACCAACUUAAUGGGUAUAUUACAUAUCCGCUUGGAUGAAAAAAUUAGUAGUUGCAACUUUCUGUACAUAUAAUAAAUAAUAAUUUGAUCUUGUAACGUGUUCCACUGAGAGCAAAAGGGGACUCUGUCUCACUAGCUUUUCAUACUGAAUUUGGCAGCAAUAGGUUGUGCUAAGUGGUCUUCACGUGCUGAGCAUGUAGACUUAUUUAGGUAUAUGCACACUGAUUACCUCUUCCAAUCUUAAACUCAGUAGAACAGAGGUAAAGGGCUAACUAUAGCUAAAACGUAUUUAUUAGUCUAUUUAUAAGACUUAAUUCCUUCUUAUUCCUGCUCCCAUCUUUAUGUGCAAAUUGAAACUGUUUCUUAGGACCUACAAACACCUUUUCUUUGUGUAGAGAUGCUAGAAUUCUCCUCCUGGAGAUUCCAUAAUAGGGGGUUUUGACGGGGUUUGUCACCACCUUGCAUCCCUUUCUUUCAGAUUAGCAGUACUGUGCCUUAUAGUCAAACACCUGUGAAACCUGAAGCAUCCGAGAGUAAAUAUAAACCCUGACAUCUCCCAGUAUGACCUCUUAUAUUUAUGUACUCUUAAGCGGUAUAGGGAAUUGCUAAGCUGUUUUGUAAAGGAAUAUGUAUAUUUAAAACACUACUUAAUAAGGGUAUACAUGAAUCGCUUAGGAUUUUAGCAUUGUCGUGUUAUAAACGUGCUAUGUUCCUUAAUUUUGGGUAAAGCUGGUCUUACAGGUUGCUUAAAACGGUGUCUGUUACCAGACAUUUGUUUCAGAAUGCAUUUAGUUUUUAAAAUGUACAUUUGGAAUGUUUUUAUGAAAAUAUGCAAUUCUUUUUCUAACUUACAUUGAGCUUCAAUAGAAGCAAUAACUUUUCUUAAGUUUAGAAUGAAUGUUCCAGAAAUGAGAGAUUUCAUCUGGGGAAACACAGUCUGAACUUCUACUUUGCAGAGCAGAUGUUUCAUCCUAAAUUUACUUCAAAAUGUUCCUGUUAAUGCUUGCUUGUUGACAAUAAUCUGCCUCUUCCUUGUAGGAGUGUAAUUUUUAGGUUUACUGGAAAAUUGUCAGGUUGUAGUUCUGAUGUCACCAGCAGGUGCAAGUUUUUGUGAUGCCUUUAUCUUACAAGAAGCACAUGAGAAUGGAAUAUGACUGACCAAGCAUCUCCAAAACUGAACAAAUAAAAAAACAGCCCACAACUAAAACAGACAAUAUAUAGGGACGUUUGUCUCCAAAAGAAGCCUAUCAACAUUUCCAGAACUGCCUUUUCAACUAUCUCUUCAACGUUAUAAACUAAGUCUUCUCCCUCUUCCUUAACACAAAAUUGAACAUUGUUUCUGUUAGUAAAUGUUGAGAGGGUUUAAACUCUAGCUCAUGGAGGAACCAAGAGGAAUUACCAAGAGAAGUCUUGUUAAUCUGUGGAUUGUAUCUUGCUGAUAUCUGCAGUGCAGUAUUCAUGCUGGAGGGGAGAAUUAUGGUGAUACAUGAAGAUUUGGGAAUUGGAAUCGUCGAUUAAAAAUGCACAAAUCAAGCUGGUGGCUUUUGUUUUUGUUCAGUAUGGGUCCUAAUAUCUCUCCUCGGAUAUCCUGCUGCAUUGCAAAACUCGAUUUGAAAAAGUUUAAGAGUAGAAUAUCUCUACGAUUGCAUGUGUUUGUGUGAAGAAUGCAUUGCCUGGAAGCUGUUCAUUUUACUUCCAUUGGACCUGAAACUAGUUUUCACCAUCUGAAACACGGUAAUGAUACUGUAUUUUUAAAUGAGCAUAUCCUUCUGAAUUGACAACAGCAGAGUAAUUUGAGUUUCCAUCAUGUCAUUAGUUUGAAGCUGAAGUCCAAAACUUUGAAUUCACUUCUGCUAGAAACACAAGUGCAGAUAACCACUUCAACUUGCUGGUCUUUGUCAACAACUACAGACAAUCAGCUCUUAUGGUAGCCUUGUACUAACUUGGUUGCGUUGAUUGAUUGGAUUAAGCACCAAACUGUUGGUUUUCCCAUUGUGUGUGUACAACUAUAAGAAUGUCAAGUUAUGCAUUGUUGAUGUAACUUAAUGGCUAAAAGCUAAAUUCCGUAAUAAAUUAUACAGACCUUUUAAAAAGCAA